CGUCACGAUGGAUUGCCUUGACCUUGUCCGCAAACGCCUCGGACCUCUCUACUUUCUAGGCAGCGUCGCACUGAGCCUCCUCGCCUUGUCGGUCAUGCAGCCGUACCUCGAGAACGACUAUCUCUGGCCGAGCUUUGCGAGCAGCCUCGUCCCGACCGCGCUCGUACAGGCGUUCAACACGCAGCUAUCGCUCAUGGCCGCCAACGCAACGUUUGAUCUCCUCGAUCCCUCCAUGACUGUGCUGCUCCCAUCGAGAGACGUUCUUAGCGUCGGGCCCGCCUACGCCCGCCGCAUCGUUCACGAAGAGCUCACGGCGCCCGCUCACGCCAUUGCGAGUCUCCGGUCGUACGACGUGGCGGGCCUCACGUAUCUCAUGAGUGGGUACUGCUGGGCCGACUUGCGACAGCGCUACAGCCUCGCACACACAUCAUUGCGCGAAACGCGCUGCGCUUCACACUAUGCGAAGAACGGGGCCGUGUACCUCGAAGCCGUGCUGCGCAACGUCAACUUUGCCGUCUGGUACGAUGCGUUUGGGAGCCAGUUUGACAUGUACAUUGCGCGGCCGAUUCAGAGUGACUUCAAUGACGGUCGUGCGUGGGUUGUCUCGCUGCACGCGCACGCGCCACUCGCGAUCCCAGACGAAGUGGCUGUCUGGGCGUCGCACCAGAUUUCGAUCUUUCAACUCCAGUAUGCCAACCGCGUCCAGACUGGGCUGCUCGAGACCAUUGGCAUUGGCAACGCAUUGGGCCAAUCCCCGCGCUUGUCGUUGAAGGCGGUCCCAAGCGUCCGCCGAGGCUCGUUCUGGACGACCAUCUACCUCUUUGCCGGUCUCCAGACAGAUUUCGCGUCGCUGCAGCCCAACCAGAGUCUCGUGCGCAACACGUCCGAGUUCUUCGGUCACUCGAAUCCCAACCAACUCGAAGAAUACAACAACGGGGUGCCCCUCAACCUCAUCAGCAGCGUGCUCCACGCCGAGCUUGGGCAGCUCACAUCAAUCGACGUCAUGUGGCUGCCUGUGCCACCGCCGCUGCGCAUCGCCGUACAAAGCUUUCACACCGCCGUUCAAUCGGCCGUCGCUUCAAACCCAGCCUUUCCCGCCCUUCUCGCGGCCAUGUCGACAGUUACGGUCACUCUGACCCCCGAGUUGUGGCAAGGACCAAACUACCGCUUCUACGGCGGCAGCCCUUUAUGUUCGUUUGGCGCCCCGCUCGCCAUCGCCCAAGAAUCGUUUGGAUUUGACGACGUCUGCGCGGCGCAGCGACCACUGGCGCUGACGCUAACGCCGCUCGCGAGUCUCUUUGGCAUGGCCCUGACGCCAACAUCGCAUGGCCCGUCUAUGUGCCACCAAGUUGCACCGACAGAAAAGACCAUGUGCUUGAGUGCGUUCACAGCCACGGUUGCGGCGCUGGCCGAGCUCAAGUACGCGAUGCAACCAACGCGAUUCGCCUCGUCUCUGAGUCUCAUGCAGUUUGUCAGUAUCAAUGGCAGUCACCCGACUAUCGAGGUGCUGCCGCUGCUCGACCCUUCGUUUGCUUACUUUGGUGGCAUAUACCUCUACGACUGGGUCCACGAUGACCGGGAAGCCGUCUCGUUUCAAGGCGAUGCGACGACGUUAACCCUCAUCUCCAAGCAGUACACCCGCCUCGAGCUGUCGCCGACAGUGAUCUCCACCGACUUGAGCGCCUACCUCUAUCGCUGUGCUGCCAUCACGACCGUCGGUGUCCUCGUUGUCGCCGCCGUGCUUCUCGUACUUGGUCUCUACCAUCGCGCGCAGCAUGCCGAGUGGUUUUAUUUGAAUCGGCUCUUGGGGCCUGUCUGGCUGAGCCGGAGCAUCCUCGCGGGCCGCAGCAUCGCCGCGACGAUUGCAUUGGCGACGACCGACGUCUUCGUCGUUCAGAGCCAUUUGCAGAGGACGCUGCGCGCCGACACCAAGCCGCUCCUUACGACGAGCCUUCUCGCGGGCGAAGUGCUCUGGCUCACGUAUUUGGCCCACGACAUUUUGCACCCGGUGCUACAAAAGAAGACACAUCAGUACGCGUCCCCUCGCCCCCUUCCGUUUCGCUCGAGCUUGGCCCGCGAGUGCUUUGCCGUCAACGUGGAUGAAAUGGUCUACUGCAACAGCGGCACGGUCGACAUUGGCACCUUUCAGCGAACUCUGCUGCUCGUCCUCUUGACGAUCGGCGUGGUCGCGAUUGGUGCGCUUCUCGCGCUGUGCUCGCGAUCCACAAAACUUCCCGUCGUGCCCCUGGGCAUGCCCAGUCCCGGUGCGCGCGCCAUACCGUCGCUCAUUCUGCCCGUGGCCGCCGUGGCAUUUCUCCACGAGCGCCAGCCCAACCACGCGUACAUCGCGCUGGACGCCCUCACGUCGGCGUGCUGCGGGCUCUUCCAUUUCAGGUUUCGAGGCCACAUGUAUCUUUUCGACACAAAAUCUUGGCUCCUCGUGCCCGCCGCGUCCUUUGGCUUUGAGACGCCGGGGCUGCACCGGCAAGCAACGACGACGACGCUCGUCCUGCCGCAUGUACAGCCAUCUACACCGCCGAUGCCGCAGACGCCGCCGGCGCGCUCGCAGUCCUGGUUUGCCCGCACGUAUCAGAAAAUCCGGCGCUGCAUGGGCGUGCCAAGUCUUCUCCUCUCGCUCUUUAGCAACGUAGCGUACUUGGGCGUCGCGCAGUCGAAUCUCGCCAACGACUAUAGUUGGUCUGGCUUCAACGCUACGGGCACGUACACCUUUCUGGGCAAUCUCUUCAACCGACGGCUCUUGACGCAGACGCUGGAUACGGGGUUUGCGCUCGAUGACCCAGCGUUGGCCGACGUCUCGCGGCUCUACAACCUCAGCGUUGGCGCGAUUAGCGUCACGGGCCACGCCGCCAGGCGGCAGCUCUUCUCGCCGGACGUGGCUUUGGAAGACGUUGUCGCCAACCUCCGACGCAUGGACGCAUGUCGUUUGCCGUGGAUGUUUACGCAAUACUGCUUUGUCGACCUCCGUCGGCGCUGGUCACUCGCGAGUUCGGCGGCGCGGGAAGCGCGGUGCGGAACGCAGUCGUACGUGUCGAAUGGCGCCGUCUACUUUGAGACGAGCCUCGGCAACGUCCCGAGCUACGCCGACUGGACGAGAUGCUGGGGCACGCCGUUCGAGAUGGGCAUUGCGAGUGCGCUGGCCACGUCGAUCGAUGGCCGGCAGUGGCUCAGCGAGAUUCAAAGCAAUGCGCGGAGCUGCGUCGACGAAGCAGUGUACUGGCGCCAAGCGGGCGUCUCGGGCUUCUCUCUGCAGUGGCAAAACUUCAAGACGACGGGCUUCUCAGACGCGUUCUACAUUGAGAAUGCGCUGGGGCUGCAGUACUCGCUACCACUGAGCAGCACGCCAGGCGCCUACCACCUCACGCAGCAAAACUCAAUGCGCAUGUACUGGAGCUUGGCCAGCGAUCUCUGGGCCAUCGCCACUAACGCGACGCUUCUUGGGAGCGCCAGCCUCGUGCGCCAGAGUCCUCGCUUCGCCUACGCCAACACGACGCCAAUUGCGGUGCUGUUCCAGAACCUCACGCUUGUGCCGCCAUUGAACGCAGGCCUCGUGAGCUUGGAAACAUCCCUCGGGCCGUUUGGCAACGUCGACAUGGUCUAUGUACCCGUGCCGGCGUCGCUCUCAGCGUUGUACGCCAACUUCACCGCCAGCCUCGCGCGUCUCUUGCUCGCCAACACAGACGCCGCGGCGUUGUUUGCGGAUCUCCCCGCACGACCCUACAUCAUCGAAGUGCCGGGGAGUCUUCUCUCGCAAAGCAACGAGCUCAUGUCCAUGGGGGGCCGUCUCAUGUGCGGCAAUGACGCGCCGCCGUAUCCGUUCAUGUACGGGAUUGCGACGCUCUUUGGUACCUCGAGCAUGUGCUACGCCUUGUUUCCUGAAUAUAUGCAGCCGACAACAUCGCAGCUUCUCUUUGCCCUGCUGGGCUACCGCGCGUCGAUCCAAGUGCCCGACGUGGAUGCGAUCUGCAGCCUCGACACCGGUGCCACGGCGUCGUGCGCGAGGGAGUAUACCGCAACCUUGACGUUUCUGGACGCCUAUCAUGGCGCUUUGGCCCCGCUUCACGUUGCCGCCACACGUGUGCACGAUAUUGUCUAUGACCAAAACGUCUCGCUGGUCCAGUACCUCCUGAAUACCACAUCGAGCAGUGUCUUUCUAUAUACCAUCAACAUUCUCGCGCCCGAAGUCGCUUGGCCGUACUACGGCUGGUGCUUCCUUUACGAAUGGGCGACUGGCGUCCGCGAAGUGGUCAGCUACGAGGGUGACGUCGGCCGCAUCACGGCCAUCUCGGCCCCGUUGCCGUUCGACUCGAUCUCGCCGAGCCCGGACGCGAUUGCGCGCAGUCUAUCACUCGUGUGCCAAGGGUGCGUCCAGUACAUUACGGUGGUCCUCAUUGCCGUUGCGUCUGGUGCAAUUUUGACGGCGCUUUGGCACCGCGGGCGCGUCGAGACGGUCAAUUUAAUGGUGCUCACGCGUCUUGGGGGGUUGGUCUGGAUCGGGCGGCCAUUUCUGCUCCUCCGCAGUCUCACGGCUGUGUGGCUCUUGAACACGAGCCCCCUAUUUCUGGUGCAGACGCACGGGUACCUCACACGGUUCGAAUCGCCGCCUUUGGUUUGGUACAACACCGUCCUCGCCGCGUCCGAGCUAACGUGGAGUGUUUUCAUCCUUAACGACGUCUUCAGCUGCGUCACGCAAGAGUACACGGUGCUCUACUCGUCCCACAGCACCAACGCCGCGUGGCUCGCAGCGAUCCUCUGGACCUUCCAGUGGCCCCAACAGCACGUAGCGCGUCUGCACCGGUCCUGCAUUGCGGUCGACAUGGAUUUCGCCAUCGACUGCCAUAGCGGCAGCGUCGAGAUCGGCAAUGUCAACCGGGUGUUUGUCGGCUACGGUAUUGGAGCGAUCGCUGCCUUGGUCUGCUAUGCGGUUGCCCGGCUGGUGCACCGACCCGUCGUACCGAGCCGUGCGACGUCGCUCCUCUUGAAUGCCCAGUGCAUGUUCAUGCUCCGAAUGGCGCACCACGACGGUGGCGUGUUUUUAGACAAAAUGUCGGCGCUGAUUGCCGGCGUCUUGACGUGGGAACGCAAUGGCGUGUUACAUCUCUUGGACGUCAAAACGUGGCGGUACCUCUGCGUGAAGCGUGACGGAAAACACGCCACCUUGCCCGCACGCGUGCGCGGAGCAAUUCCGCUCUCGAGUGUCUAA